CCUUUUCUACCGCAUCGAUUGUCAGUUUCUCGUUUGUUCUGCACAGUUCACACCUUGUCAGACUCGCCCCAAAUGACUUUCCAAGUGAAAGCAAUCGCCACCGAGUUUACUCGGAACAUCGGUAAAUCAACGCUAUACUUGGCCCUAACAAUUGCCAGUGUCAAAUUCUCGCAUUUUCUAUUUCGCUUUUUUCGCUCUCGGAAGAUGUCCUCUUCUUCUUCUUCCACCUCACCUACCGCGGAUGCUGCAACACUCCGUCGAAACCGUAUUCUCUCUAGCAAGUUAUACUUCGACGUCCUUCCCUCAAAGGUUCCGCUUAUUUACUCGUCGGCUUAUGAUAUCUCGUUUCUUGGCAUAGAGAAGCUGCAUCCAUUUGAUUCAUCCAAAUGGGGACGUGUGUGCCGAUUUCUCAUAGUGGAUGGUGUGCUGAACAAAAAUAGUAUUGUUGAACCUCUGGAAGCUUCAAAGGAUGAUCUCCUUGUGGUUCAUUCAGAAUCUUACUUGAGCAGUCUAAAGAGCAGUCCAAAUGUUGCCAUGAUAAUAGAGGUUCCUCCCGUUGCACUAUUUCCUAAUUGUCUUGUGCAGCAGAAGGUUCUUUUCCCAUUUCGCAAACAGGUAGGAGGAACCAUCUUAGCAGCUAAACUUGCAAAAGAGCAAGGAUGGGCUAUCAAUGUCGGAGGAGGGUUCCAUCACUGUUCUAGUGAAAAAGGAGGUGGCUUUUGUGCUUAUGCAGACAUUUCUCUUUGUAUACAUUUUGCCUUUGUCCGGUUGAAUAUAUCAAGGGUGAUGAUAAUUGACCUUGAUGCACAUCAAGGAAAUGGCCAUGAGAUGGACUUUUCCAAUGACAGCCGAGUCUAUAUUCUGGAUAUGUAUAACCCUGGAAUAUAUCCAUUUGAUUUUGAGGCAAGGAGAUACAUUGAUCAGAAAGUUGAAGUAGCUAGUGGGACCACAACAAAUGUGUACUUGAGGAAAUUAGAUGAAGCACUUGAGCUUGCUGAUCAAAAAAAGUUUGAUCCUGAAUUGGUGGUCUACAAUGCUGGAACUGAUAUCUUAGAUGGAGAUCCACUAGGCAGGCUGAAGGUCAGUCCUGAUGGAAUCACUGCCAGGGACGAGAAGGUUUUCAGGUUUGCCCGUGAAAGGAAUGCUCCUCUUGUCAUGCUGACAUCAGGUGGUUAUAUGAAGAGCAGUGCUAGAGUUAUUGCAGAUUCAAUAGUAAACCUCUCAAAGAAGUGUUUGAUUGAUUUAAACCGUUGCAGGUGAAAAUUCAACUGCUAUAUAGGUUAUCUUUUUCUGUUACAUGAAUAGCAAAACCUCUUUUGUUCCCUACUAUUCAGAUAAUUUUGAUUGUAUAUAAGACAAUCUCUCCAUUUAUUUGAA